AUGAUUUUGUACAGGGACGUGGAGAAGACGAUGGAGCGCAUCGCGAAAAAUGCGGCGCUAUUCAGCAGCUCGGAGCGCAGGAGAGAGCUCAGCGCGGCCGAGGAGUUGCGGCAGAAGCAUCUCGCGCGCUGGGCGGAGGCUGGAGCCGUCGCGGACCGCCUGCGGGAACUGCGCCGCGCCGGAGACCAACUCGCCGCCAGCCACCCGAACAGCGCGAAGGAGAUCGAAACGAACCUGAAGAAGCUGGUCGCGGUUUGGAGCAACUUACAGCAACUCGCUGCCAAGCGGACCACGAUGCUAGAUGAAGCCAUCGCCGAACACAAAUUCGAGGAGAGUCUCAAGGAGUUGAAUCUUUGGGUGUCGGAAACAGUGAAGCGUUUGGAUAGUACCGAAGCACCGGCAACUGUCUCUGACGCCGAGGCACUGUUGGAACUGCACAAUGAGAAAAAGGCGGAGAUAGACGGCCGACAGAAGACGAUAGCGUCUCUCCUGAAGGAGGCGGAGAGCUCUAAUCAGCCGGAGAAGAAGAAGCGCGUCGCCAACUUGGCCACCAGCCUCGACCAGGCCUGGCACCAGAGGAAGCAGUACCUCACCCAGGCUCACGAGCUACAGCUGUUUAAAGAGCAAGCACAGCAGACGGAAGACUGGCUCGCGUCCAAGGAGGCCUUCCUCAACAAUGACGACCUUGGCGAGAACCUGGAUGCGGUGGAGACGCUGAUCCGCAAGCACGCGGAGUUCGCGAAGCUGCUGGAGUCGCAGCUGGGGCACGUGGACGAGAUGCAGCAGUUCGCGGGUGGCUUGCUGCAGCGCGGCCACGGCGACGCGCCCUACAUCGAGUGCCGGGCGCGCCUGCUGCAGGACCGCGCGCACCGGCUCAAGGAGCAGUGUGCUUCACGAGGUAACAAGCUGUCGCAGGCGCGCCAGCUGCAGCAGUUCCUGCUCAACCUGGCCCACGAGCGCGAGUGGAUCGAGCUCAAGAUGCAGAUCGCGAACGACCAGAGCUACAGGUCAGUCCUGGAACAAACAAUACAAGGCUUAUGA